GUGGGAAAGCCGAGGAAGCCCGAAGGCCCGCUCGGUCAUGGCUUCCAGUAGGUGAAUAAAAUCGUGUAAAUGUGUGGUGUUGUGCGCGGUUGUUACACAGCGAUAAACACAGCGAACCACCGGAGUGUAGACACUCUAGGUGCCGCUGAGACGUGAGUGGUGAGUCAGCCAGGUGGCAACAUGCACACGCAUUGAAAGUCAAAUGCAACCGUUAAUUCCUCAUACUCGAUAACCAUUUUUUCAACUCGGUGGUGGCUCGAGUGUCAACAAGUGUUCCACAUUCAUCUGUUCGAUUGUAUAAGGGAUUCACCGGCGUUGAAGGGCUUCACUAGUGACAAUGGCAGCCCAUCCAGAAGUCGGAAUUGGAGAUUUCGUGCUUCUCGAUGAAAUCAGCGUUGAAAAUGUCGUGAAAAAUCUCAAAACAAGAUUUUCGGGGGGAAAGUUUUACACGUACAUCGGAGAAGUAUGCGUGAGCGUGAAUCCCUACAGGUCAACUCCCAACUAUGAAAGAGAUCAAAUUAACAAGUACAAAGGGAGGGAACUGUUUGAGAAUCCACCGCACAUAUUCGCGAUUGCCGAUGCUGUACAUCGCGAAAUGAAGCAACAAGGACGUGACACAUGCAUUGUCAUCAGUGGCGAGUCUGGUUCGGGUAAAACCGAGGCCAGUAAAAUAAUUAUGAAGUACAUCGCUGCCAUCACUAAUCUGUCUGGUCAACAGGAGAUUGAGAGGGUGAAGAAUGUACUUAUUCAGUCGAAUUCGAUUCUGGAGGCAUUUGGAAAUGCCAAGACCAAUAGAAAUGACAAUUCCUCGCGGUUUGGUAAAUACAUGGACAUUAAUUUUGACUUCAAGGGCGAUCCCGUUGGCGGUCAUGUGACGAAUUAUCUUCUCGAAAAAUCGAGAGUUGUUUAUCAGCAGAAGGGAGAGAGAAAUUUUCACUGUUUUUAUCAGUUGUUGAACGGUUGUAGCGAAACAGAACUGAACACUCGUGGUCUUGUGUCAGAUCCAAGUGUCUAUUACUACAUAAGCCAUGGAAAGAACAUAACAACGGAUAGGAGUGAAUUUAAAGCAGUGAAUUCUGCAUUGAGUACUCUCAGAUUCACGCCGGAUGAUAUUAAAACCAUCUGGAACGUGAUCGCGGGGAUUCUCCACCUGGGGAACGUGAGGUUCACCCUUGAGGAUGAGAAAUUGGUGAUUGAGAACAGAAAAGCACUGAACGAUGCUGCUAAACUCUUUGGGAUUCAUCCUAAUGAGUUGGGGAAGGCUCUGUCGGAACGGGUUAUCGCUGCCGGGGGGGAAGUCAUGCAGAAGAGCCAUGGCCUCAUGGAGGCGGAGUACGGACGAGAUGCCCUGGCAAAAGCAAUCUAUGACAGACUGUUUUCCUGGAUAGUAUCACGAAUAAACGCCUGUAUAAAUGUCCACGACGAGGACACAUUCUCCAAGCGUUACAGAGGCACCGUAAUUGGUGUACUCGACAUUUAUGGCUUUGAGAUAUUCGAGGCAAAUAGUUUCGAGCAGUUUUGCAUCAAUUAUUGCAAUGAGAAACUGCAGCAGUUAUUCAUCGAAUUAGUACUCAAACGGGAGCAGGAGGAGUAUCAGAGGGAGGGGAUUGCCUGGCAGGCGAUCGAGUACUUCAAUAAUCAAAUUAUUUGUGAGCUUGUUGAGCAGAACCACAAGGGCAUUCUGGCGAUAAUGGACGAGGCUUGUUUGAACGUUGGCAAGGUCACGGAUGAGAUGCUGCUGGAAGCCAUGGACAAGAAGCUGUCCAAUCACAAGCACUACACCUCCCGUCAACUCAGCCCAAUGGACAAGCAACUGGAGCACAGAAAGCAGUUCAGAAUAAAACACUAUGCUGGUGACGUGGUGUACAAUAUCGUCGGUUUUCUGGAUAAAAAUAAAGACACACUCUUUCAAGAUUUCAAACGUCUCAUGUACAACAGUAACAGUAAAAUAAUAAGUGAAAUGUGGCCGGAGGGCUCAGAUGCCAUCACGAAAACAACGAAAAGGCCGUUAACCGCUGGUACACUAUUCCGUAAUUCAAUGGUUGCUCUGGUGAGAAAUUUAACCAGCAAGGAGCCUUUUUACGUCAGGUGUAUCAAGCCCAACGAGGUCAAGUCCCCAGUGCUCUUCGACGAUGAGAGGGUCGAGCAUCAGGUGCGGUACCUCGGACUCCUGGAGAACAUUCUCGUGAGGAGGGCUGGCUUCGUCUACAGACAGAGAUACGAUAAAUUUUUGAAACGUUACAAGAUGAUCUCCCAGUACACGUGGCCCAAUUUUCGGGGUGGGAGCGACAUGGACGGGGUGAAGACACUUCUCGAGGAGAAGGGCUUCGCUCAUGAUGUCAAGUACGGACACACGAAGGUCUUCGUUCGAUCCCCCAGGACGCUCUUCGCACUGGAGAAAGCCAGGGGCGAUUUGAUUCCAGGGAUCGUUGUGCUUUUGCAAAAGCAGUGGCGGGGGUAUCUCUGCAGGAUAAAGUACAAGAAAAUGAGGGCGGCAUUGGUCAUGGUGGAGCACUACAGGCGGAUGAAAAGGCGUCGUUAUGUUUGUGAAUUGGAGAGGACGUUCAGGGAUGCGAAAAAUAUGCACAAGUAUGGCAAGAACUUGCUGUGGCCUCAGGAGAAUUAUUAUGUCAGGCAUGUUGUGCCUUACUUGAGGAUGAUGUUUGCUAGGUGGUAUGCUUGGAUGAUUCUCCGAAAAAUUCCCAGGGAGGAGUGGCCGCAGUUGAGGCUGAAGAUGACUGCAGGUGCUGUUCUCAGACCCAAAAGGCAAUACUGGGGUCAGGAGAGGCGCUGGGAGGGUAAUUAUCUCUCCAGGCCAGACGAAAAUCUCCACUACGAUGCAUUCAACUCGUCCAUCAAUAAUUUGAAAAAUUCGGAUCACUUUAAAACAGUUUUAUUCAGUGCCUUUGUCAGGAAAACAAACAAAUUCGACAAACAAGCGGAUCGUGUUCUCGUUAUUACUGAGCACGCAAUUUACAAAUUGGAGAGCUCGAAAUUUAAGACUAUGAAAAAAGGCAUUCCCAUCACAGAAAUCACUGGGAUCAGUGUGUCGCCAGGUACUGAUCAGCUGGUGACAAUUCACUCAAACAGAGGGAAUGAUUUUAUUUUCUCCAUCACUGCCAAGGACAACAGAGUGGGGGAGGUCGUCGGGGUCUUGUGUACGAGAUACUAUCAACUGAGGGGAAGUGAUCUUCACGUGACUGUCGAGACGCGAUUCAAAUGCAUGGUUGGAAACAAAAGUCGAGUAUUGAGGGUCGAAGUGCGAGCAGACGUAUCCGUCCCAUCAUUCCUCAAAGACGGCGAUCAAAUUGUUCACGCAUUACCACCGUCUGUUAGUAUAAUUGAUGCUGGCGUCAACGGUAGGCAAAAUAUUCGGUGAAUUGAAAAAAAUAUAUAUCGAGAUGAUAAUAUUAUAAAUGAUUGGGAGUACAAAAAAAUGGUGUACUUAAAUACAAUUGUUAUUACAAUUGGAAUAUGAAACUAGGGCCUGAUUUACGUGAUUAGUGAUAAAAAAUACAUUUUACGGAGAAUUUGUACUAAUGAUUGAUGAAAAAUCCGCUGGCCGAUUUGUUUAUUCUCUCAAUUUAUAUUAUAAUAUAUAAUAUAUGGAUGUUGUAUACUUCUUUCAUCUGGAAAGUGUAUUUUUAUACAAUUUUUAUCACUUUUAAUGAGUAAUAUUACACGCAAAAAUGUUAUUUUUGUGCCAUGCCGGAGUAACAAUGUUAUUUCUUUAUUUUACAAAGAAAAAAUUUUGCUACUCGCCUAGACUUGUGAAGAAUGAACGAAAAAUUAAUAAAAUUAAAUUAAACUGA